UAAAAACUUGGCUUUCACUCUCUUUUCCAUCACCACCGGCUGGCUCGUGUCAUAUCAUGCAGCCAGCCAAUGUAGAGGAGUUGAGUGUAUGGGCAUAAAAAGGGGCGAUUUCUCUCCUCUAACCUCUUCCCUUCUCUCUUCUUCUUGUAUUUUGCUUCCUCCCCUUCUCUCCCUCAUCCUUCUCCCCUAGCCAGCUCAUUUCCUCUCUCUCUCUCUCUCUACUUGCUCUCGUUCACAUCACCUAAAUACCCACCAACCCCUCUCUCGCUCCCUCUCUUCUCUCUAGUACCAAACCAAUCCUUUCAAGUAUCGGCUUGCCUGCCUGCUGCCAGGAUUUCUCCACCAGAUCUCUAGGCCAGGAAGGAAGAGGAAGAAGGAAAGCUGGAAAAGAGAUAUCACCGGCCCUCUUUCCCUGACACCAGACGGCCACGGCCACGGCCCCAGGCCCCUCUUCCUCUCCUUUCUUUUUUUAUUUUAUUCCCUCUCUUCUUUUUCUAAUAAUACCCUUUGGUUAAUUUUGUCUUUUCCUUCGUUUUUUCCCUUCCUCGCCUGUCUUGGUUUUGGUUUCCAUGCCACACCCACACACCAAAAUAGCGUCUUUCUCUUGAUCCCUUCUCGAUAAUCCCCUUCUCGUUUCUGGGUUUUGGUCCUUUUUCCGUUCUGGAGGUUGGAGACAAAAGGGUCGAAAGAGAUAAAAUGGCGAAUGGUGGUGCGGUUGAUGAGGGGAGGGAGAGUGAGACAGUGGUGUUGUUCAGUGAGGAAGAACUGAGGGAGAUGAGUGGGGUGAAGCAAACCGGGGAUUGCAUAGAAGUCACUUGUGGUUGUACUAGCCAUAGAUAUGGCGAUGCGGUGGGUAGGCUUAGGGUUUUUCCCAACGGUGACCUCGAAAUCUCCUGUGAAUGCACUCCUGGUUGCGACGAAGGUUUCUCUCCCAUUCUUCCUUUUCCUCUUUCUAUCUCUUGUUCUCUUCCUCUCCUUUUUUCCUAUUUGUCUUCUUCCUUCCCUUUUUUGAUAUCUGGGUUUUGAAUUUUAUGCAUGUUGAAUGUGUCAUCUGAUGUCGUUUUCUCCCCCAUCGUUUUAAUCGAACGGCAUUGAUUCAUCUACCCUGAGUACCGUCCCCGAGUGGACUUGUGUUUGUUUUUUCCCUUAUACAGGCCAAGUGUUUGCUGUAUUGCCUCAGUGAACCAACUUGCGCCUUGGUAACCCCUACCAGUAAGCUGUUGCGUGUGCCUGUGGAGCCUAUUCUUCACAAAGAGCAAGAAGUUUUGUUUGCUAACCUACAUUGUUGUUACUGUUCACUCCUUUUCAUCCUACUGAACUAGUGGCUGCCGAGUUUUGCCGUUACUGUGUAGGCAGAGGAACCUCCUCGUGGCCUAUAUCUGUCUACCCUUUUGUUUUUCUUCCUCCCCCUCCUUUCUUUUAGAUCGUGCUUCAGCACAAUGAGUCUUUUUUUAUUUUGGUAGAAGCACAAGGAGUCUAGGAUCGAACUUUCGUGCUACCUGGAUCAUUACGUUGGGAUGAGGCAUUUUGGUAACCCACUUUUGUUGCCCAGUUAUUCUUUAUUGAAGGAUCGUUGGGUCAUCGGUCAUUUUUGGAUCAUGGAUAAGUUGAGUCCUGCUGCAUUUGAGAAGCAUUCUGGGAGAGAGACUGCUAGGAAGUGGAAGAAUAAUGUCUGGGUGAUAGUGAAUGGGGAGAAGGUUCCGUUGUCCAAAACAGUGUUGCUCAAGUACUACAACCAAUCAUCGAAUGGAUCCCACCGCUCUCAAACUGGACGUGUUUUCCAUCGUGAUGAGUUUGUUCGCUGCAGCAAAUGUAACAAGGAGCGAAGAUUCCGCUUAAGGACCAAAGAGGAGUGUCGAGUUCACCAUGAUUCUGUGGCCAAUGCUAGCUGGAAGUGUGCUGACUUACCGUUUGACAAAGGCUAACAUGUGAUGACGAUGAGGAGAGAGCAAGUCGAAAGGUGUACAGAGGCUGCUCCCGCUCUCCAACAUGCAAGGGAUGCACUUCCUGCGUGUGCUUUGGCUGUGAAAUCUGCCGGUUCUCUGACUGCAAUUGCCAGACUUGCACCGACUUCACAAGGAAUGCGAAAGCUUGAAGAAGAACCCUUCUUGCAGCAUAUCCGAGUCCGUCCACCAUCCUUGAUUUGAUCCCAUUAGGGCUGCCAUUAUUUAACCACUUCACACUGCUCUUCUCCCCUGCCUUCUACAACAGUCGGAAAAAGGGCGGGAAGGAGCAGCAAAUUCAGUGACUAUUUAUCCUCUAUUUUUGGACGUCUAUUUAUGAACAAAACACCCGCCAAUUCGCCAUGCUUGUGUGAUUGGCGAGCCUGUGAUCUGAAGCUGAGUGAGAGGAUACACAGUUUUCUCACUCACUAAGUCUUUUGUUGGGCUCCAAAGACAAGUAAUUUCAAUCUCCUUCAUUUAUUAUUACCAAUCAUUUCCUACAUCACAUCCACUUGACUUGCUGCUUCCUUAACCAUUUCCUGCAAAUGAUGCUCAA